AUGGCCAGUCAAGCAGAGUACCAUCCUCGUUCGUCGGAUGCGGCCCGAGCAGGAGAAGCGCUACCCGAUGAUUUCGUGCACUCGUUCAAACAAUCAUUGGUUGCCGACUAUAAAGAUUUUAUUGCCUCGUCGGACUUCGUGCCCUUCAUAAUUCCGACUGCUUCUCAAUCAGCGACGGACGCGUCUGCUCAGAACAUUCGAGCUUCGGGAGAGCUUCUAGGGGUGAAUAUUGACGCAGAAAGCGGCCUAGGUCAACAUGAUGAAAGUGUUAUUACUUUGGCCCAAAGGGUUCCGGGAAUAGGAUCGAUGGGUGUCAGUGACCUGAAUUAUCCGCUAUCCCUGUUUGAUAGUUUCCCAGAUCCUCCGCCAGCGACCAUUGUCGAAGAUCUCACCCGGACAUUUGAGGUCGCUUUCUUGGGGAAGGUCCCCUUCCUAUCAAGUCUCACCAACUUGGAUAGUUCCAUUCUCGCAGGACUAACUGGGAGUACUCCAGUGGCCCCCUAUCUUGCCUUUGGAAGGGCGCUAAUUGGAACACUCGUCUCGAGGAAUGAGGAUUGUCAGAGAUGGGCAUCGAAUCUCUACAAAACGACUUUAAAACUGUUUGUUGGUUCGGUCGAGCUUGAUAAUAGGACAUCGAGGAACAUAUAUUGGUAUGAAGCAGGCAUAUUAUUAGUGAUUUAUGGAACCCUAGGUUCAGAUUAUGCCCUUUGGGAAACAACAAAUAUGGUCAAUGGGUACUUUUUGGCGCCAUACAGGCGUCGAGGCUUUUUACAGAUUGGAAAUGCUCGUGGGUCUCUCGACAACCAAGAUCUCAGUUUGUAUAUCAUCCUUUUCCGUCAACGGCUCGGUGCAUUCUUUUGUCGCAUACUGCUUGAGAUUGGCCCGCAAGCGUUGCAUCUACCACAAAUUGCCGGAUACCAUGAGCUAGCACCAGACAGAAAUGACCUGCGCUCUGGACCCGCUGAGGAGGCUCAUUUUCCGGGAAUCCACAUGAGCGAUAUUGCCGUUGAAAAUGCAUGGAACAUUCUAGAGGUCUUGAAUGAUGAGGGAUCCGAGUCGAAUCUCAGCGAACCAAAUUCUGAAAAUGCCAAUGAACACCACAUGAUCCCAUUGUGGCUUCCCCUGGUCGUUUUCUACGCUGGUAUUACUGUAUGGGCACGCAUGCAGGAAGACCAAGACCGGGGAGUGCUCGGUAUUCAAAGCUCGCCCCUGGCACGCCGCCAGUUAUUGAAACCCUUUCAUAAUGAACUCAGGAGUCUAGGCAGGCAGUACAAAAGUGCCUCCCGCAUGGCAGAUGUGAUCAAGAGUUUGUAUCCGUGA